GAAAUAUUUCUCUAGCCGUUGAAACAUGCUUAGUAUAAAUAUCGCUACGUCACGUUCGAGGAUACAACACUAAUUCUAAUAGUCUUAAAAUGUUUAAGUCCAUUAUUUCUAUCUAUUACCUCAUUUUUACAGCUUUAUUUCGCAAGUGAAAUUAACUUGAAAAAAAAUCAACGAACACACAAAAAUGUUUAAUUACAUUCAAAAAAUCCUAGUUUGAAAUAACUCGUCAUAAAUAUAAAUAAUACCGGAAAUACAUUGGAACCUUAAUUUAUGAUCAGCGCUUGAUUUACUAUAAGCGCAACUGUAUAAUUUCAAUGGGUUACGAUUCGAUUUGGUGGAGGAGUUAUCUCCAGUAAAACCAAAUGUAAUGAAAGCGUUGAUUUAUUCCUUGCUUGCGUACAUUUUGUUGGACGCAAAUGUCCUGGCAGUUUUGCUGGUUAAAGACCUCUCAUCAGGAAUUGUUGACGAGUUUGAGGAUUCGGAAGCACUUUUUGGUGGAGCAGUUUCUCAGGAGUCCUUAAUACUGGUUGGCUUGGUUUAGUUCUUUCCACAUUUGCAGGGACGAAUUUAUGCAUCCAAACCACUAGAAGGCUGUGUGGACCAAAUUCCCAAACCUAAAGAUGAUCACAAUUCAACUCUUCCUUACAUCUCACUCAUCAAACGUGGAGACUGCUCUUUUGUAGAUAAAGCUUUAGCGGCCGAAAGAGGUGGAUAUAUUGCAACUGUUAUUUUCAAUGAUGUGGACGACAGUACUUUCCCAAUGGGCUACAAUUCGUCCACAAAUGUCAGUAUUCCUGUCGUAAUGGUUGGUUUGUCUGACGGCGAGCUCCUACUAAAUAAGUACUGCGUGCCACAUUAUUUUGUUGAAAUACUACCUGCUCAUCGCCGAAGUAUCGUGUUGUAUCUUAUUCCACUCAUAACAUGUCUGCUGAUAUCUGUAGUCGCAUUGAGUGUGGCAUAUGGGAUUCGGCUUUUGAAUCGAUACCGGAGAAGAUAUCGUUAUUGCUUACCAGUAAAAGAGUUACGUAAAAUACCUGAAACUUUAUUUGUUAAAGACUCCAAUGAAUUUGAAACUUGUGCAAUUUGUUUAGAAGAUUAUAAAGAUGGUGAUAAAUUGAGAGUAUUACCAUGUGGGCAUGCUUACCACAGUAAAUGUGUAGAUCCGUGGCUUUUAAAACGUCGUGGUUUUUGUCCUAUAUGUAAGAAGAAAGUUCACAAUCGUCCUAGAGUCUACAUUUCAACUUCUACAAGAUAUAGACGCGCUUCUGCAUAUGCCACUACAUCUGAAGCUCCAUUUUUGGAUGAUUCGUCUUUCGAAGAAGAUUCUGAUUCAGAAGAUACUACUUCAUCACCUCAGUUAAGUUUCUACAGUGAGAACGUCCAUUCAGAUGAACAUACUCCGCUUAUUAAUGCUUCUGUUGAACAAUCAAGUGCUUCAUCACUUAGGCGAAUGAAGAUGACUACCUCAAUUCGUGAAACCUUGGAAAGCUUUCUGACAAAUGUAUCAAGUUCUUAUUCCAGAGGUCAUAAUUCAUCCGACUAUGAACAGGGAACUAAUAAUGUUAAUACAGCCGUGGAAUUACAACCUGAAUGUUCUCAGAUUGUCGCUGAAUCCCUCGUAAAAGGUAAACAGUGUAGUGAAAGUGACACUGAAUCUGGACUAAAUAAUGAAAUCAAUGAUAGUCGGUCACCUUCAGUAAUGAUUACUCAUGUUGAAGUGCAUACGGAUUGUGAUUUAUCAUGUAUGCACAAAUCUCAUGCUUAAGCAGUAUAUAUAUAUAUAUAUAUAUAUAUAUAUAUAUAUAUAUAUAUCCUGUUUUCAUUUGUUCGUCUAAACCAUUUUAUUUUUGCACAAUUCACAAUGAUGAAUAGUAAUAAAAUUGUGUUAUCAAAACCAAUAAGUUUCAUAUACUGGGCUAUUUUUUUCUCUCACUUAUUUUUAUUAUCCUUUUUUUUCUACUGAAAAUAAUAAAAAAAUUAAACCGUUAUCAGUUGAUUUCAUUCUCUUAUAUACGUUUGCAUAAUUAAUGAGUGAUGUGUAUAUUUUUAUCUCCUUUGUCGAUGGACUACUUGGUUAGUUUAAAUGGUUGAUUAAUCAAUUGAACAUUCAGACAAUUGCGUAACUAUUUUGUUUGUUUAUUUGUUUGGCUGUUUCAUCCUAUGAGAUUUAGAUUGUUAGCAUCAUCAUAAUUCAUUUUUUAUAAUUAUAUAUACACAUAUUUGGCCGUGUAUAAAUACGAUUUCACUGUACUGAAAUGUAUAACCUGGUUUAAUUAACAUUAUUAUACGUUAAUUUUCUUACCGGUCAACUGAUUACAAAUUAGUCUAUUACUCAUAGAAUUAGAUAAUAUAUUAUUUUUUGAUCUCUUUUUAUCAUUUACCUUAUUUUUUACGAGCUUGUUUGGAAUAAAAUGAAG